AUGCGCAGCAAGCCGGCCGGCGGGAAACCGGGCGGGUGCGGCACGAGUCGGAUGGAGAAGCCGGCAGGCGGGCGCGGCAUCGGCUGGCUGGAGAAGCCGGCAGGCGGGCGCGGGAGGUUGGCAGCGACCCGGAGCCGGCCCGUAAUGGGCGCGCGCGGACGGCGCAAGGCGGCGCGGCCGGCUAGGCGGCGAGCCGGCCACGGAGCGAGCGGGAGCCGGUCGGGCCCGCCGCAGUCAGCGCGGGAGUCGGUGGGCACGCGGCAGUCGGAGCAGGAAGCCACCGGGGCGCCGAGCGGCGGGGAGGAGCCGGAUGCUCAGGGCCGGCUGGGCGAGAAGGCGGAGCGGCGCUUGGAGGCGGCUGGAGCCCGCAGGGCGACGGGGAGCCACCGGGCGCGGGCCGGGACGAGGCAGAAGGCGGGGAGGCGGCCAACGCCAGCGGGAGGCGGCCGGCGCGGGGCCGCAACUCGGCGGGCGCGGAGGCCGGGCGCCGCGGCGGACGGAACGGGACCAGGCCACCCGUGCGAGGCCGGGUGGGCGUAG